GGCCGGGCCCGCCAACAUGGCGGACCUGGAGGCCGUGCUGGCCGAUGUCAGCUACCUCAUGGCCAUGGAGAAGAGCAAGAGCACCCCGGCCGCCCGCGCCAGCAAGAAGAUCAGCCUGCCCGAGCCCAGUAUCCGCAGUGUGAUGCAGAAGUAUCUUGAGGAGAGAGGAGAAUUAACCUUUGAUAAGAUUUUCCAUCAGAAGAUUGGAUUUUUACUUUUUAAAGAUUACUGUAUGAAUGAGAUUGAUGAAGCUGUGCCUCAGCUGAAGUUUUAUGAAGAGAUAAAAGAAUAUGAAAAACUGGAUUCUGAGGAGGAGCGUUGUAGCAGAAGUCGACAGAUUUACGACAUGUACAUAAUGAAGGAGCUGCUUUCCUGCUCACAUCCGUUCUCAAAGCAAGCUGUAGAUCACGUACAAUCUCACCUAGCCAAGAAACAAGUACUCCCAAAUCUUUUUCAGCCAUACCUAGAAGAAAUCUGUGAUAGUCUCCGAGGAAAUAUAUUUCAAAAAUUUAUGGAAAGUGACAAGUUUACUAGAUUUUGUCAAUGGAAAAAUGUAGAACUAAAUAUUCAUCUAACCAUGAAUGACUUCAGUGUACAUAGAAUAAUCGGGAGAGGGGGAUUUGGUGAAGUAUACGGCUGCAGAAAAGCAGACACUGGGAAAAUGUAUGCAAUGAAAUGUUUAGAUAAGAAGAGAAUCAAGAUGAAGCAAGGAGAAACACUAGCCUUAAAUGAAAGAAUUAUGCUGUCUCUUGUCAGCACAGGAGUAAGUACUUAUUCUUCAUCUUCCUUAUACUUCAUAGACGUUAGGGCUGGAAGGGACACUCUACUCUUUGCUUAUUUCUAGCCUGCAAACAUCCUCUUGGAUGAGCACGGACACGUAAGAAUAUCAGAUCUUGGUCUCGCCUGUGAUUUUUCCAAAAAGAAGCCGCAUGCUAGUGUUGGUACCCACGGGUACAUGGCUCCAGAGGUGCUCCAGAAGGGAACAGCGUACGACAGCAGUGCGGACUGGUUCUCCUUGGGCUGCAUGCUUUUCAAACUUCUGAGAGGUCACAGUCCUUUCAGACAGCACAAAACCAAAGAUAAGCAUGAGAUCGACCGGAUGACACUCACCGUGAAUGUGGAGUUACCAGAUUCAUUUUCCCCUGAACUGAAGUCCCUUUUGGAAGGGCUUCUACAACGAGAUGUUAGCAAGAGGCUCGGCUGCCAGGGUAGAAGUGCACAAGAAGUAAAAGAGCAUCCUUUUUUUAAAGGGAUUGACUGGCAGCAGGUCUAUUUACAAAAGUACCCUCCACCAUUGAUUCCUCCCCGGGGAGAAGUAAACGCCGCAGAUGCAUUUGAUAUUGGCUCCUUUGAUGAAGAGGACACAAAAGGCAUUAAGUUGCUUGAUAGCGACCAAGAAUUGUAUAAGAACUUCCCUCUGGUGAUAUCAGAACGCUGGCAGCAAGAAGUAGCGGAAACCGUCUACGAUGCAGUAAAUGCAGACACAGAUAAAAUUGAGGCCAGGAAAAGGGCCAAAAAUAAGCAGCUUGGACACGAGGAAGAUUAUGCACUAGGGAAGGACUGUAUUAUGCAUGGGUACAUGCUAAAAUUGGGGAAUCCAUUUUUGACUCAGUGGCAACGCCGUUACUUUUACCUCUUUCCAAACCGACUUGAAUGGCGAGGAGAAGGAGAAUCUCGGCAAAAUCUACUGACAAUGGAGCAAAUAGUAUCUGUGGAAGAAACUCAGAUUAAAGAUAAGAAAUGCAUCUUGCUGAGAAUUAAAGGUGGAAAGCAGUUUGUCCUGCAGUGUGAGAGUGAUCCAGAGUUUGUUCAGUGGAAAAAAGAGCUCACGGAAGCUUUUACUGAGGCACAAAGGCUGCUACGUCGGGCUCCAAAGUUUCUCAAUAAAUCUCGUUCCACCGUGGUAGAGCUGUCCAAACCACCACUCAGCCACAGGAAUAGCAACGGUCUGUAGAAGGGAGAAGAGAACAGCGUUCACUUAAGGAAAUUUACUCUGUCCCUGUGUGUGAGGUCUACGGUGUCAUUUUUGGUUCCUCUGUACAAUUCCUGAAGCAGGAUGUACCUAGAAGACUGGGAUGUUUACAGCAUGGGAUGAUGUCAGGACUCUUUUUCAUGGAGCUUAUGAAGCUGAAGCAAUGACAAGGUGAAUGUGCCCUCAUAACAGUUGUCAGUUGUAGAGCCUGCUUCUCAUCCCUAUGCAUUAUUGCACCCUGGCGGUGUUGAAAGUGGUGUAUUAUCCUAGAACCUCCUAGACGGAAGGAAGACACUGUUUUCUUUGCAAUACCCUGGUUUUGGUAUAUACCAGACCUGGAAACUAAAAUGGUUGCUACUUGUUAUCAUUUACAUUUUUAUGUCACUGUUGACAUAUCCCCAGACAUUGGAAGGAACUGCAGACUUGCUGUGUUGGAUAACAUGUAAUCUUAUGUAUUGCCGUGUUCUUUCCAACCAUCACUGCUGACUUUAAUAUAACCUUGCUCCAUACUGCUGGUGAUCAACAGUGUGACUCUUACGCACUUCCAAGUACUGAAUUCUAACUGUCCUGUGGUUUAAAUGUUGUUAUAACUUCAUGGAAAUGUUGAACCCAGAUUAUUCACUUGGUUUGUUGUACUCACGAAUAGUAGCUACCACCAUUUUGCUUCUUCUACGUAUAUGCAGUACUAUAACUGACACAAUAGAGUAAUAAUUGGUGAAGAGGUAGCUUCAUCUAGUGCUCUGUUGUAUAUAUUGACUAUUUCAGCACAGUUUUUAAAGAGCAGAUUCCUUUUGACAAGUUUACAGUGAAUACAAAGACGGUUCUUUUCCAUUUCAGGUGAAUUGCACUUUUUAAAAAAAAGAAUAUUCCGAUUCAGUGCAUAUUAGUGCAUGUUCUAGGGUAAAAUAUAUGAGGGCCUUGGUACGUAUUCUUCUGGGUCACUCUUCAGUUACUGAACUUGUGUAUCCUUCUUUUACACACACACACGCACGCGCGCACACACCAUGUAAACAGUGCGUUCUCAUAGCAUAGUUAUUGCAGACCUUCAUUUUAGCCAAGUUCAGAAGAUUCAUGUGCAUGUUGGGUGGCUUGGCUGCACAAAAACGGUCUAAUUUCCCUCUGCAGGGAAUUCAAAACAUUCACAUUGAAAACAGCCUGAGAAUGUUGAGGAUGGAGCUGACGAGAGGUGAGCUGAUACAUGCCGGUUUUAUGUCAAUUCUCCUUAGUUUGCCAUUCGUGUGUCACAUGGAAACUGAUAUGUCAUGUAAGACAAAGUGUAAUGUUUAACUGUUAGCUUCAAACAUUUCAGGCCAAUUUCUGCCCUGUUAUGCAUGCUGUGAAUCUCAUUGAUUAUAAUGGGUUUGCAGGAGGUGCGUAUUUCAGAGCUGAAUGGGAGCUUAGAGCUAAUUCUGUAUUGCACAGUAUUUUACUGUGGACUGCAACACUCAGAAAAGUCAGUGGGAAUUGCAUCUGUGUAAAUAGGAUUUCUGCCAACAGUCUGUUUUGCUCAUCUCUUCUGACCAAGUGUAUUUCCAAUUUGUUAGUCAGUCACAGAGCUUCAGUACUGGGUUUUUUUUUUUUCCAGAUUAAAGUAGCUGUCUUUUUAAAAUUAAAAAGAUUCCUCUGUUUCUCCUGAGCAUAUUUGUAAAUUGGAUGUCUUCCCUACAAAAAGUGGGAAUGGCUUAGCUGUCUGCUAUGGCAUGGGCUUUGACGACAGUGCAAACCAUUUGAUACUUCUACCUUGGUUUGGUGUGAGAAGGGACUCAAGUUUUGAGAGAGGCCGUGUGCCUGGCAGCCAAUAUUUUCUUUAAAGGAUAUUACAAGUUAUUUUUCUUGCAUUACCUUUUAAAAUAAGCACCACAUUCUGUUGUCAUCUACUGAUUAGUAAUGUUCAGAGUCCAGGUGUAUUUCUGUGAGCCGCAAUUGUGUUAUCGUCCUAAACUCAGAAAAGCAGAUUCCUUCUCGCUGUGGAGAGGCAGUUGUUUAAUUUAUGAUGGCACCUACUGUACGUUGGUUUUUCUUAAGCUUUUGCAAGAAUGCCAUAUAAUGUG